AUGAUAAGAACAAAAAUAGAGGACCAUAUUAUAGAGGAAGGCAGGUGGUGUGGGGUGGUGGUGGGCGGUGGAGGCGGUGGAGGAGGAGGUGGUGGGGGCAGUUUUGGAUGGGGAUGGGGUGGAGGUGGUGGAGGUGGUGGUGGUGGAGGGGGAAGACGAGGAGGAGGUGGGGGAUGGGGAUGGGGAGGAGGAGGUGGUGGUUGGUAUAAAUGGGGAUGUGGAGGAACAAAACCUGGAAAAGGCAAGGGAAGAGGAGGAGCAGGUAGAGGCAUUCACAGUGAGUUUGCUCAAUGCAUGGUUAGAGGAAGGUGCAGAGGCAUGAGGUUGGAUUGCCCUCUUCAUUGUGGUGGACCUUGCGUCUAUGACUGCCAACAUAUGUGCAAAGCUCACUGCAGACGCCCAUGAUUCCUUUAACCCUCAACCAAUCUCUUAACCUCUUUUCUCAUUCUUUUUACCACCCCCAUCUUUUCUAAUUUCUCAAUGUGCAAAUGUUAAGAAGAAGAACAAUCCAUUGAAGAGUUUUAACUAAUGUUUGUCUUCAUCAUCAUCAGGUUUAUUUGGAUUCUUUGAGUUGCUUGAUAUUUCAAUGGGCUGAGAUUUUGCAUGUGUUCUUUUUCUUUCAAUUAUCUAGCCUUUUUUAUGGAAAGCCUUUUUUUGGACAAAUAUUGCUCGCAUGUUCAUGUUAUUAGACCCGAUGUUCCUGUAAGAAAGAAGAGACUGUCCCGGUCCUUUCAGUGCCAAUAGGACAUGAGCCCAAAUAACUUGCUUAGCCCCCAUAGAACUGGCUCGACCCAAAGUAAAGUAGAAACUAUUGGGGCCAGAGAGCAAAGAACCAAGAGUAAAUUUGGGGCUAAUGCCUAGAUGAAAUAGCUGUCACAACCGAAAGAAUAGUUGACCCACUAGGCCAGUAGACCAGAGUCCUCCCUGCCUCAAACUUAUCUAUUUGUAUAUAUCUUAAAGGUUUUGUACUGUUUUGAGUUGUUACAUUAACUCAUCGAGGAAUCAAUCAUUUUUGUUUUUUUUUUUCAAAUUUCUUUGGAAGGACAACCUCAGAUUAUUUUCAUGAUAACCAAACUUAAUUUCGGUGAUGGGUUUGUUGAAUACGAUGGGUAGCGUAGACUGUAGAGAGUAUUGUGGGGGUUAAAUCCUGAGAGGGUCAUCAGCCUGUCUAUUGGGCAGAACCGACCGCAUCGACCCCUUCAGAACAUUUAGAAAGAAGAUGGUCAAAAGGCCAAAACUGCCAUAAUCAGGCAAAUUAAGAUGCUGAUGUGAUAUUUUCAUGGAAGAAAGGUGUGAGAACAAAGGUCUUUAUUGCUCGUGUCUGAAGCCAUCAAAAAGUGAACAAAAUUGGCAUGUGCGGUACCUGAAUAAGAGACAUGGGCUCUGCAACGGGGUUGGCUUUGGUAGGUGUAGGUUUAGGUUUGGUAGACCCAAAGGUAACCUUUCGGCAGCGGACCGGCAUUCUGAUUGACCGAGAACUUGUCAUCUUUGAGCAGCCCUUUUUUUAGUUACAGUGUACACACAAGCACGUUCAUGAUGGUGAAAUGACUAGGUUCAUUGGUGAAAAUC